AUGGUCCAUAUUCUCAACACAUCAUGUGAAACGCAUGUGCGGCAGCACCGUCGUCUUCACAUGCUAACCUUUAGCCGACCUUCUCUUCAUACGCCUCCUCAAUUCUGCAUUCUUCUGCCUCUGUCCACUUCACAUCGAGUCCACCGCAACUUCACUCGAAACUCUCCACCUCACUUAUCGACUACAAAACCCGUGUCACACGUCAACGUGUUCAACAUGUCGGAACAAACACUACAGGAACUGCAAAGACUGCCGAGUGACCUCGUGGCCGAUGUACCACCUACAAUCGCAGCGUCCAAUGUCGGCUCUCCCUUCUUCACCAAACUUCCAGCCGAACUACGCGUCAACAUUUACGAGCUCGUCCUCGCCCGAGAUGAAGACGACCCCUUCGAGACACAAUCUACCAUUCUCGAAGAACCUAGCCGCAUCUCUAGAGAUCCGCCCAAAAAGGACUCAAUGCCGCCUCUAGUCUACCUCUCACGCCAGAUCCGCCACGAAGCAAGUCCCAUCUUCUACGGUACCUCCCAGUUUAUCGCUACCUGCGACGCAGGCCAGCCCUAUCCGUUCCCACCCUCCGAAGUCGCCGAUUGGCUUUAUGACAUUGGUAAAGAGACCGCUGCCGAGAUUAAGAGGCUUGACGUCAGAUUCACGGCUCAGACGCUGGGGGAGUUGGAGAUUUGGUUGUGGGAGUUGUCCCCACUCUACGGCCGAGAAAAUUAUUGGAUCAGUGGUCGUAUGCCGGAGCCCACUAGGGAGCGCUUCUGGUGUGUCAUGCGUCUUGGGGAGUAUGGGCUGGAAGAGAGAGGCGUGAGGGUUCUGUAUGACGGGAAUGAGGCGGGAAUGAGGCGGGAGUGUGGAGGGAGUUGGGAUGAGGAGUUUGUGCAGUGGACGCCCCAUGCGACUUCGAGACGAGAAAAAUGUGUGAACAUCAUACCCUCAUACACAUCAUAA